CAGAAGGCAAGAGAUUUUCAAAAGGAAAAAGAGAUCAAAGUAGACGCGUUCAUUUUUGCAGCGUAGAGAGAAAGAAAGCACGUAGGAUGAAGUCAAGCAUGAUCCUUCUUCUCUCUUUUCUUUCUUUUAAUCCCAGGAACUAUCUCAUUCGUUCUUCAUCUUAAGCUUCUUAUCAUAAUCAAGUUGCUAGCUUUCAUUAUAAAAACAUAAUCUUUGUGUGCAAGAGACCCGGUUUGAAAUAUCACACCUAAAUCUUUCGACCUUUCAUUCUCUUCUCAAUCCCUCCAGCCUGUUAAUACUUUGUUUCUAAUCUAAUGUUUAAGGUAACUUUCAACAUAAAAUUCUUUUCUUUCGAUAAAUUUCUCUUUAUUUGAUUGCUUAGUUUUCUUCAGUUGUGAAAUUUUUAUAAUUUCGUUUCGGGUAUAGUCUUAAACUCUUUUUGAUCAGAAGGGUUAGGCGUCUCGUUUGGAGUAUUCAAAUGGAAACCUCACCUAUAACUACUCCUGAUCCCUACGUGGAUCCUUCUUCAUCUCUAACUAACAACACGGCUACAACCUCUACCUCUAAUACUAGUAAUAAUAAUUCUACCAGCUAUGGGGUUUUGCUAAACUUGUUUCACUCACCAUUAUCUCUUCUACUCGAAUAUUCCCGUGUGGUUUCGGCCACUUCUAUCUCUGCCCAUCAAGAUUCUUACCCUGUUGGUGAUAUUCAGACCCAGUCGCCCAAUUCCAUUGACAAUCUAAGCAGUGUGAGUCCUGGGGAGGUUUCAAUUCAGAUAAUUAGACCGGAGAAUGCUGAAACCGAAACCACAGAGGCAGUGUUGGAAAAUGAGCAGGCAAAUCCAUUAGGGGCUGGGGAAACGCUUCCAUUGGUGCCUCCUUCAGUUGAAGGUAAUACUUCUCGUGAUAAUUCUUACCGAAGUUAUGAUAUUCAGCAGCUUGCUCGGUGGGUCGAACAAGUUCUUCCAUUUUCAUUACUCUUGCUGGUUGUCUUCAUUCGACAGCAUUUGCAAGGCUUUUUCGUUACAGUUUGGAUUACAGUAAUGAUUUUUAAGUCGAAUGAUAUCCUUCGAAAGCAGACUGCUUUAAAGGGAGAGAGGAAAAACUCUGUUCUCAUCGUAAUCUCUAUCGGUUUUAUGCUUCAUGUGGUUGGAAUUUACUGGUGGUUUCGACAUGAUGAUCUUUUAUAUCCAUUGGUCUUGAUUCCUCCGAAAACAAUUCCACCUUUCUGGCAUGCUAUAUUCAUCAUCCUAGUGAAUGAUGCAAUGGUGAGGCAGGCAGCAAUGGCUCUUAAGUGUCUACUACUAAUUUAUUAUAAGAGUGGCAGAGGCCAUAAUUUCCGCCGGCAGGGUCAAAUUCUAACUUUGAUCGAGUAUGCUCUGCUGUUUUACCGUGCACUGUUGCCAGCACCGGUCUGGUACCGAUUUUUCUUGAACAAAGAUUAUGGAAGCCUCUUUUCAUCAUUGACCACAGGGCUGUAUUUAACUUUCAAGCUUACCACCAUUGUUGAGAAGAUGCAAUCUCUCUUUGCUGCCUUAAGGGCAUUGUCAAGGAAGGAAGUUCAUUAUGGGUCUUAUGCUACAAUGGAACAGGUAAAUGCAGCUGGAGACCUCUGUGCAAUUUGCCAAGAGAAGAUGCAUGUUCCUGUUUUAUUGCGAUGUAAACACAUAUUUUGCGAGGACUGUGUUUCUGAAUGGUUGGAGAGAGAAAGAACUUGCCCUCUCUGCAGGGCUUUGGUUAAAGCUGCAGACUUACGAUCAUUCGGGGAUGGAUCAACAAGCUUGUUGUUCCAGUUAUUCUAAUUAGUUUGAGUGACUGAGAAUGCUCUUAACAAAGGUUUCGUCCCUGUUCUUGCAUAGGCAAAUGGCGGAUGUAUAUUAAUUAGAAU